UCUUAAACAGUUUAGCUAGCUUUUCCUGUAAAGGGUGACACUGACAGCAUCUCACGGAACUUAUCAUCUGUUGUGAGUUGUGAAAACCAGCUAACCUCCUAAAUAAACAUUUAGAUGUUCGUUCGUUCUGAUCCACAGCAAAAACAGCAUGCUACCCGACUGAGUCUGCAUAUUGCUAUCCUCACUGCACCAGGAGACUUGCGCCAAGACAAGCUCAACAAAGAGCCAGUCAUCAUUAUCAUCAUGUCGGGAACACAAUCGCAAGCCACAGCCUCAUCCCUCCAGAUAUGCAGGAUCAUGCGUCCCGAUGAUGCCAACAUAGUGGGCAACGUGCAUGGUGGCACCAUCCUGAAGAUGAUUGAGGAAGCUGGAUGCAUCAUAGGAACACGCCACUGCAACACGCAGCCUGGGGAUCGCUGCGCAGCGCAGCUGGCUCGCGUGGAGCGUACCGACUUCCUGUACCCCAUGUUCAUCGGGGAGGUGGCUCAUGUCAGUGCCGAGAUCACCUACGCCUCCAAACACUCCGUGGAGGUGCAGGUCCACGUGAUGUCAGAGAACAUCCUCACAGGGGCUACGAAGAUGACCAACCGGGCUGCGCUCUGGUAUGUCCCCUUCUCUCUGGAAGACGUGGACAAUGUCACGGAGGUGCCUCCCAUCAAGUAUGCCAGCCCGGGGCAGGAGGAGGAGGGGAAGAAGCGCUACGAAGCUCAGAAGAUGGAGAGACUAGAGACGAAGGAGAGGAACGGAGAGCUGCUCAUACCUGUGUCUGCCCCGGACAGAACAACAAAAGAGCCCUAUACGGUCGGCUUUAGCCAGUCCAGUCUGAUCCAUCUGGUGGGGCCUUCAGACUGCACGCUGCAUGGCUUCGUACACGGAGGUGUGACAAUGAAACUGAUGGACGAGGUGGCCGGAAUCGUGGCGGCCCGACACUGCAAGACCAACAUAGUCACCGCCUCUGUGGAUGCCAUCAACUUCCAUCGCAAGAUCAUGAAAGGCUGUGUGGUAACUGUCUCGGGGAGGGCGACAUUCGCCAGUAACAAGUCUAUGGAGAUCGAGGUGUUUGUGGACGCCGAUCCUCUGAUAGAGGCUGAGAAGGGGAAGUAUCGGGCCGUCACAGCCUUCUUCACCUACAUCUCCCUGGACAAGCAGGGCAAGCCUCUAUCCAUCCCCCCUAUGAAGCUUGAAGGAGAUGAGGAGCAGAGGCGUUUUGAGGAUGGCAAAAUGCGAUAUCUCCAGAAUAAGGCAAAGAGACUGGCAGACAAGGAGCGCCAACAAUGACACCACAACCCGGAAUACUCCAUCAUCCAACCCACAGCACUUAGAUGGAAAACUUCCCUAUCUUAUUACUAAACCUAAAACUAAAAUAGAUGGGGUCUGACUUGAAAAAAUGUAUGACUUGAAAAAAUUCAUCAUACUCUUCUUGACUUUUUAAUGUAAGCUUCAUUGCUGCACACCAAAGUGUCUAUAUGUGUAUGUAAAAGAAAGGAGAUACGUAUGUAUCUUUAUUUUAUCGUCAAAGAUUUUUAUUUAAGAAGGCUAUCGACGAUCAGUCUGUGUGCAAAGUUAUGGGUCUGUAUAUGCAUUGAUAAAUACAUUUAAAGUAAAUAAAUACUGUACAUGGUAGCCAGA